AUGUGGAGAGAGAAAGUUAGAGAGAGAAACAGUGAGAGGUGGGAGGAGGAGUGGAGAGAGAAAAAUAAGACUGAGGGGGAGUGGACUAGGGUUCAACCAAAGAAGCUUCCUAAACUAAGGUGGGAUAUUAGGCAAAGUGAGUAUUCAACAAGGUCUCGUAAGGUUUCCACUUUCUUUGUCACUGAGUUCCCGGAGGAGUAUGGUGCGAAGGACCUGUAUAACGUUUUCAGUGAGUUUGGCGAGGUGGAUGAAGUUAUCAUUCCUUCAAAGAGGGAUGUGAGAGGGAAGAAAUAUGGUUUUGUGAGAUUCUUUGAUGUGAAAGAGGUGGAACUCUUAGCAACGAAGCUGGAUAAUAUUUUUCUGGGUAUGAAGAAGAUUCAUGUCAAUGUGCCGAAACAUGAGAGAGGAGUUUCCAGGAAGAGUGAGGGACUUUUUAGGGCUGGCGGUGGAGGGGGUGGGGGAGUGGUGGAUUAG